AACAUAGUUUGUACGAAGCACGAGAAAGAGAAAGCCAAAAUGCAAGCAACUAUUGAAAAAUUACAAGAAGCCUUCUGUGAUAAAGAAUCUAAACUGCAGGACACAAAAUCUCAACUCGUGCGGGAGCGUCGGAUGUCCGAAAUUAUGGAACGCCAACUGAAGAAUGCCCGAAACCUAUCAGAGCAACUAGGUCGAAUAAUACACGAUAGGGAGCAGGAGAUCCGGACACUGAAGAAUCUCCUCAACAAGAGGCAGGAUAGUAAGAACAUCUCAGAGGCCGCUUUUCAGGCUGCCAUGCUCAAACGACAAACGGACAGGAGAAAAUCAGUGUCGAAAGAUGAUUUUCAAGGUUCCAUGCGACGGAGUUCUUCUACAAGUGAUCACACCGACUGUCCGAGCCUUUCAUCAACAUCUGUUGACAAAAUGCUGAAAGAAGUCCACUCCUUGAUAGACGGUUUAAAAAUAAAAGACGAAGCAAUUAAGGGUCUUCAAGAAGAAUGCACGCGCAGGUUGGAUAAAAUUCAAAUUCUUCAAAGAAGUAUCCAAGUUCUGCAAGACCAGCUAGCGCAGAGUACACAGCACCAUAGUACGGUUUGUCUUGAAAAGGAUAAUGUGAUAUCUCAGCUACAACAUUCAUUGAAAGAGUCAGAGGAAACUGUGCAGAGUCUUCUCAGCGAGAAAACAAAGGUUGUAAUAGAAGGUGAGAAUACUAUUCAAGAACUGCAGGAUAUCAUCCAGCAGAAAGACAUGAUGAUAAAGAGAAUUCAGAGUCAGCUGGAAGAAGCUCUAGAUACGAAAGAAACAGAACUCAUGCAACUAAGAGAAUCUUUAGAUGCUCGCCAAAGAGAUCUCGAAGCAAAGCAAAGAGAUUUAGAAGAGGCACAUGAAGAACUCUUCAGGAGCCAAAUGGAAGGGGAAGCUCUCAAAAUGGAAUUGAACCAGGAAAAAUGCAGCCUGAAUAAAAUGUCCGAGGAAAUCAAUUCCUUAGUCGACAAGCUGACCACCGCGGUCGAAGAAAUGGAAGCGACGAAGUUGGAAUAUCAGAAAAAAGACGAAAGACUCAAACUUACCCAAAGCAAAAUACAAGAAAUGUGCAUUAUGUUCUUAGGGGAUCAGGAUGUUACAGAAAAACUGCAGGCCUUAUAUAAAACAAGACGAGAGCAUACAGGAAGGAAAGUUUUGUCUGAAGAAGAUGUAUUAGAAAAAAUAAUCCAUCCACGACACAAACACAGGCAAGCGAGAAAUGAAUUGAAAGGAAACAAACAUGGAUCUACAGCCGUUUCAAACCAACAGAUCCACAAACAGCAGCUUGCAGAACUCCAGCAGCAAGUGAAUGAUUCACAAGCCGUAUGCAGUAUUCUUCAGGAGCAGCUGAAAGAAGUUACCGACUUCUUGGAUCAGCUAUUGCACAUCGAUAUCUCCCCAAAGAAUCUUCCGGCACUUUCUCUUAUCAGGCAUUACGGGAAACAUCUCAAAACUCCAGCUAACAUAAUGUCCAAGGAAAGAGUAGCGCCAGAUGGAGUGUCUUCAAAUAGCCAACUGGAUAUAGAAUAUUCCAGACCACCAGAAACUGUUGAAGACGAUCAACAAAUGAGUCAAGUAUACUCCAACGAGGAACCCUCGCCAAGCUACAUGCUGGAAGCUCAUCACGAAAGUUUUGAAGAUAUUAGUUUCUUUCCUCAACAAUCCAGAGAUUAUUACGUCAGUCAACGUUCUGUAUCAGCUGAUGACCUGAAAAGCACGAAUAUUCAUUCGCUGUCUUCAACAGACGUUGCUAGUCCUCGACAGAAAGACGCUGGGGAAGUGGCACCUGUAUCAGUGUCAAUCCAAGGUGCAAGUUCUGACAGUGAUGAAAUUAUUUUGCUGCUAAAUGACAGAGAAGUCAACCAGGGAACAACAUCCAGCGAUGCCAAUAAACAGUCAAAGAAGCUUACCAGACCAACUGUGGUUUCUCCGCCAUUCCCAAGGGGACUAAAAAUCACUGAAAACUAUGGUUCUGAUGGUAGCAUUAAUACUAGAGAAAAUUCCAGCAAUAUUAUUGAAAGAUCUGUCAGUUUUGGAAGUUUCAGCGAUUCCGUCUUGAUGUCAUAUGAGCAGUCUGAAGAAAGAGGAGCUUCAGAUGAAAGCAGCGGUGUAGUGAACAACAGAUGUGUUAGAUCUAUUGAUAUGAUGGAUUUGAUACCUGUUGGAAAUUCAGAACUCAAAGGAGGUAUAUUCUUAUCAUCUGAUUCGGAUAUAUGGUCUGAACCAGAUACUACGUUGUCUCGUCAGCGCAUGGGAUUAUGCGUCGAAGAAACGACGUUGUCAUCAGAUUACUCCACAACAUGUGUGUCCGAAGAUGUGCAUAAAAAGAAAUUAUGUCCCCAAAGUAGGUGUGAAUCUAGGAGAGGCAAAAACACCAUUCAUGUGCCAACCAAAAAAACAGCAAAUAAAGUCAAGAGGUGGUUGGAAAAGCUGAAGAACUAUCUACGCAUGUUCGAAGAAGCUAAUUAUCAUUUAACAGACGAAAUCAACAAUUUAUGCGAUGUUCGAAGCCAAAUGGUCGCUAUUCUAGCCACCGAAGGAAAAAUUGAAAACUCUGAAUCUAUACUACUGGAUCUGGCUGAAUAUAUACGCUUAAAUUUCCUGAUGCAGAAAAAGUUGGAGAAAUCAAUUCAUUUCAAUAGGCAACUCAUUGAUGUCUUCCAGAAAAAUAUCUCAUGCCAAAGAAACUUAGAAACCAAUCCUCCUGAGAAACCAACCCCACCUAAACAUAAUUCCAGGCAGAAACGAAGUCAUACUGUAAAAAGACAUGCUCCACCACCAUAUGCGGAAGAUAUCAACGGACUCGAAGAAAACAAACCUUACGAAAAUCCUGAUAUCCAUUCUCAGCUCAUAGGCUACCAUGCCACACUCAUGUCAUGUCAAGAGAUGAUUAAGGAUCUACAUUCCCAACUAAAAGAUAGACACUGCAAUGAAAUCAUGAGUAAACAUGAACUGAAUAGGACAGUGUAUGGCUAUCUGGAGGAUAUCGAUCACUGCAUAGAUGACCUGUGCAAAAAAAUGGAAACCAGCACUGGUGAAAGUCCUACUCAGAGUUAUAAUUUUAAAUCAGUCUUCAGCAGUAAUGUGAUACAGGACGAUGUUCCCGAAGAACAUGAAUACGUUAAUCAAGAAGAAUUUUCCAACCCUUUGAUGGACAAACUAAAAGAAAACGAAGAAAGACUUAUGAGGUUUGAAGUGUUGCUUAAUGAUAAAGAACAACAACUAAAAUUGUCAGCAGAAAAUGCUUUGCAACUGGAAGAUCAGCUCAGUAGCAUUAAACAGUCUCUAUAUGAAAUUCAGAUAGAAAAUUUAGAGUUGAAAGAGUGCCUGGAAUUAAGUGAAAACAAGCAACUUGAAAUGGAAGAUUCUUCUCAACAAAUGUUACGAGAACUUCAAGUGACCAUGCAAAGACUGGCAGAUUUAGAAGAAAGAUUCAGGUGUUUAAAUGAUGAACAGUUUGUCUCAAAAGACAUGGAAAAAUCUCUUUAUCCGGUGCAGUAUAAUUAUCAAAACGGAGGGACUUGGCAAGAUGAUGAAGAUUCUGGUAACAUUCCGCCUCAAGACAGAGGAAGUUCCUCGUAUUCUAGAGACUGGGAGCAUGAAAAUUAUUAACUUAUAUUUCAGAUUGGCAGCAAAAUGUGAAAACGAAUGAAAUAUUUAUUUAUUUAUUGUUAGUUGGAGCUUACACUUUUAAACUUAGAGUAGAUAUUUAAAUUCAAGAGCGAGAGUCCUCACAUAACUCUACCUCUAAGAAUCACUAACCUUAACUACCAAUUUAUUCACCUAUGUGGAAAAGCCAAAAUGUCCGAAGACACUUUGUUUCUAUUUGAAAUGCAUUUACUAAAUUAUAUUUCUUUUUAAGGUGCUAAACGGUGAUUCAAAUAGCUCUGCUCUUAGACUGGAUAUAUUUUCAAAUCUGUAUAUCACUGUGCAUGACAUGUAAUGUUUCUAUGUCCGUGUCCAACGAUACUUACUCUACAAACCUUCCAAUAGAUAGCACUGCCCUAAAUAUUUGGCUUAUCAAGAUAUCAUUAUUUUUUAAAAAAGGGGAGAAUCAUGUGUGCUUUUAGAAUUUAGGAAAGGUACAUGAAAAUAUAACAAAACAUUAAACAUUAACUUUUAUAAUUCAUUGCAGCAAACAUACAUAAAAGCCAUGAAUCCGAUUUCACAAUUUUUACGAAAUAUUCUAGUACACAAAGCACUGAUAUCAAUCUGGAACACAAUUAAGUAAAAUAUAUAAAAUAUUUUAUUAAAAUAUCAUGAACAAAAAUACGAAAUUCACAUGCAAAAGAUACCAAGCAUUUACUUAAAAACUAUUCAAUAAGAAACUCCUAAUAAAUUUUUAUUCCCAUAUUCCCCCCCUGUACAUACGAAUAAUUCGAAAAUAUUAAAUCUGCAUGUUUUGCAUAUUUGGAUAAUGUAACUGUUUUUGAUAGAAGGCACAUUAAUGUAUCUAUGGACAUGAAGAAAUAUGAAAGUUUUACUUAUAAGGAUUCGCAAAUUUUGCGCAUAAGACCUGUCUGUCCAAAAGAUAAACGAGAUCUAGCUGUCAUGUUGUAGUACACGUCGAUAACCUCUAACUAUGUUAUUCAAACUAUGGCAGAUUUUGAAACAGACUACAGCAUUCUUGACGUACCUCUAUAGGGUAAAAAUCUAGUUCAUAAUCUUGGGUGAUUGUGGUGGCUUAUUCAAAAUGGCAAGUUAACUAACAGCACCAGGAUCACCUAAUAUUAUGAGUUCCCCUUCCCUUUCGGGGGGAAUAUCAAAUAUGCUAUGCACGUGCUACAUGCAUACUCUGGUAAUUUCAAAAUUACCCAGAGUUACAAUAGCGACGACAGUCGGAACCAUCGAUGUGGGCUUGCUGUAAUGGUUAUGGCAAGAGCUUUAUUAUUGUUUGCACAUAAGCAAUGAGGCUUUUAUAAAUCUACGAGAUGCAUACAAAACUUUUACUAUUUCCCCUGUUCAUAAGUAUUAGGUGCUUCCCCUAUCAUAAACGAUUAUUAAAUAUUAAAUAUGCAAAUUAUUUUGCACUUGUUGAAAAAACUUCAUUAAUCGAAUUCUAAAAUUCUUUAUCAUUACCUGAUCACUGUAUUUUCCACGACAUUAUUAAAUUUAGCUCUAUAAUUGUAGAUAGCUCUUUCUAUAAAAAAGGCUUAAUAAAUGAAAUUAUUAAUUUAUAUUAUAUAUUUAAAGUAUUAUAUUGCAUUUACAAUUUUUAAUCCAAAAUUUCCAGCAUUAUCCGUCACUGCAUUGUGUAACAGGGUAUUGAAUGAAUUCCAAAGGAUUAUUCACGAAUUCCAUCCGAUAAGCUGCAUAACUAUUUUCGCAAAAUAACAUUUGAAAUCGUGAUUUACACCUCAUUAGAUGAAAAGAUCCUUCAUGCUUUACAUACUAUUUACAGUUAAUAUUUUCUUUAUAAAAAAAUAUUCCUGCCUGCAUAAGACCAAGUAACUUCCAGCCUGCCAAAACAACUAACCAUAUAUUUUUUAAAUCCAGUUAGCCGAUGCACAGUAUCUUGUGUAAUAACACUUAGCAAAACACACUGAGCUCAAAUUGCACUUAAUAGAUUAAAUGAACAUUUUAACUAACAACGACCAUUAUAAAGCCAUUUAUACUAAUAAUGAAAAUACAGCAAAAAUUCAUUGCUUUAGAUUUAGCUUUGUGCCAACUGUUUAAAAAAAUGCUUAUAAUAAUCAGAUUAAAUAUAUUCUUCUUUAAAUUUCCUAUAAUUAUUUAAAUAUUGCAUGCAUAAAUUAAAAAAGCAUUUUUUAAAUUCCGAAUCAAAAAUAAUCACUAUUACUAUUCAUUGUCUGUAUUAUUAUUAGAAGAACUUUAUUUACCUUAAAAAGUACAGUUUUCAAUGUAUCACUUGACAAGUACAGUAGCUAAAAUAACUGGACUCUAAGUUAUUUCUUUUCUUGGAUGCUGUUACACAUUUUUAACAAGUUGAGUUUGUGUGCACUAAAAUGUAUAGGGUCAUUAUAUAAAAAAUGCAAGCAUUAUUUUGGCCAUCCUGCAGCAACAUAUGCAGCAGGUUAAAAUGCACGCAUAGAUAUUUUUAACAUACUGGCUUGACAUCUUAAAAUAAAAGUUGGUCCUACUAUCAAAAAAAAAAAAAAAAAAAAAAAA